CACACACACACACACACUGACACACACAGACACACACACACACACACACUGUCUCUCACACACACUGUCUCUCACACAGAGGCAGAUUGGGAUCAACACAGACGCACCAUGAGACCGAUUGAUCAAGGCCUGAUGUUGGGGAGCCUGCUGCUCGUCUCUCUUUGUGUCGGGGCGGCGGCCAUGUUUGACAGCAGGCUGGACGUCCACUGGGAUCUGUGGAAGAAGACGAACGAGAAAAUGUACCGAGAUGAGGUGGAAGACGUACGCCGCCGGGAAUUGUGGGAGAAGAACCUGAUGCUCAUUUCCAUGCACAACCUGGAGGCUUCGAUGGGGCUUCACACCUACGAUCUGAGCAUGAACCACAUGGGAGACAUGACAGAAGAGGAGAUCCUGCAGCAGUUCGCCACGCUCACUCCUCCCUCUGACAUCCAGAGGGCGUCCUCUCCCUUCACAGGGACGACAGGCGCCGCUGCUCCCGACACCAUGGACUGGAGAGAGAAAGGCUGUGUGACCAAAGUCAAGAUGCAGGGUUCUUGUGGCUCCUGCUGGGCCUUCAGCGCCGCCGGAGCCUUGGAGGGCCAGUUAGCAAAGACCACAGGGAAGCUGGUGGACCUGAGUCCCCAAAACCUGGUGGACUGCUCCUCCAAGUACGGUAACCACGGCUGCAAUGGGGGCUUCAUGCACCGUGCCUUCCAGUACGUCAUCGACAACAAGGGCAUCGACUCAGAUGCUGCGUACCCGUACACGGGACAGUCACAAGCGUGCCACUACAACCCCCAGUACCGCGCCGCCAACUGCUCCCAGUACAGCUUCCUGCCUGAGGGGGACGAGGGCGCUCUGAAGGAGGCGCUCGCCACCAUCGGACCCAUUUCAGUGGCGAUCGACGCCACACGGCCCAGAUUUACUUUCUACAGGAGUGGAGUCUACGAUGAUCAGAGUUGCACCCAGAAAGUGAACCAUGGAGUGUUGGCCGUGGGCUACGGCACUCUGAGCGGACAGGACUAUUGGCUGGUGAAGAACAGUUGGGGCGCUCGUUUCGGAGACAAGGGCUACAUCCGGAUGGCACGCAACAAGAAGAACCAGUGUGGCAUCGCGCUGUACGGCUGCUACCCCAUCAUGUAGCCCAACAUAUCACAAGCUGAACGUGUACAGCUUUUUUAUAGUUUGAUUACAAAAAUGAUUUUAUGAACUGUUCUGUUGUUGUUUCAAUUCCUUGUAAUGUUCCUGUUACUACAAAUACUCUUUAACAUCUUGAUAUGUAAGAGUGUGCGCCUUGUGAGUUUAAGUGUUUGAAUCUGAAAUAAAGAGACAGAUCCACUCCUUA